AUGACAGCGAUUUCACCAAAUAAUCCACCUUAUCCAGCAUAUAGAGCAACUAAUACAGAAAGUUUUGCUUAUGACACAACCAUCCGUCGUUGGCCCAUCAUUAUUAAUGGAGUCAUUGAUGAUGUCAAACAAACUAUUUUGACAUCGUCACCUGAACGCGCUCAAGAAGGUGUUCAAGUUAUUAACGCAUGUGAAGCUCUUAAAAAGGAAAUUGCAGAAGAUAAACCUCUUAGACCUAUCCAGGAUAAUGCAUCUGACACUGAAAAGUGGAACAACGACCUCAAGACUUACUUUAAUGGUUUAACUUGGUUUACAAGUACUUGGCUCUUCAAUGAAUGUUAUCUAUAUCGCCGACUGACUGAAAUUUUUAAUCAAACACAAUAUUGGCAAAAUUAUGACCCCUUUGAACGACAAAAGAUAGAAACAUUUCGAGGCUCUCAUGAAGCAGUCUUUGAUCUAGCUCGCAAAAUGCAAAAUAAUUUGGAGACCAUUCAAACUGCUACUGAAGGAACAAAGGAUAUUGCACUUGACCUCAUUUACCAUGAACUAAUUCAAGUCUGUCUCUGGGGUAAUGCCACUGACCUCAGUUUGUUAACCAACAUCUCUAAAGAAGAUAUUAAACAUCUCCAAGCCAUCGAAAAGGAACACCUGACUGAACGUAAAAAGUUUAUCUUGGUAGAUGAUACCGAGAAAUUAUGGUCUCAACUUCAACAAUUAGAAAAUGGACGUGUUGAUUUCGUUCUGGAUAAUUCGGGCUUUGAGGUCUUUGUGGAUAUGGUUUUUGCCGAUUGGUUAAUUCAAUCCAAGAGAGCAGCUCAAGUCGUCUUUCAUUGCAAGACCAUUCCUUGGUUUGUAUCCGAUGUCAUGCCAAAGGAUAUACCCCUGUUGUUCAAGUGUUGCUUCGAUCGUCAUUUUUUCCCUCACAGUCGUUCACAGGACGAUGUUGAGCUGUUGGAGAAAAUGAUAAAGCGUUGGCAAGGAUAUUAUGAAAGCGGUCAAUUGAAAGUUCGUUCUGAUGACUUUUGGUGUUCAGGUUUAUCGUAUUGGUACAUGAAAUCAGAUGCUCCACUCUUAUUUGAGGAUAUGAAAAAGGCUGAUGUUGUGCUUUAUAAAGGAGAUCUUAAUUAUCGUAAAUUGGUGUUUGACUGCGAUUGGCCAGUUACAACUUCCUUUAAGGAGGCUAUUGGACCUGCCAUGGCAAACGACUUUACACACAUUAUUGCCUUGCGUACCAAUAAGGCAGAUCCCGUAGUAGGUUUAUCUGAGGAGACUCGAAAAGAUAUUGAGAGUAGAGCCACUCGUCAAGAAUGGAGAUUUAGUGGCAAAUAUGCCGUUGUAGAAUAUAAUUAG